UCAAAACAAUUACCUCGAGCGGCAGCCAUGAUGAAUUUAAAGGGGCAGUACCGGCAAGGGCGGCAGCCAGACCGACAGACUGCGGAUCUCACACAAGUCCAGACAGACUGAAAAACUCCGCCCCCCCCGCGAUUCUUCCCGCCCCUCGGCGUCCAGACAGACAGACAGACGGCCUGCCCCGCCCCCUGCUCUACCGACGGACUCAUCGACCUCGGGAUUCUCAGGUCCCUGGGUCCUCGCUCGUGACGCGGACCUCUGCCGCCCACCCGCACCUCUCCCCCGCGCCCCCGCCCAUCUCAUUCUGUCCCCACCCUGGGCCCCAGGGCAGGUCGACAGGCUGGGUCACUUCUCCGACAGCUUUCCCAGGCGGGGAGAUCAACGCCCAGCGCAGUGUUUCCCUGUAACCCUGCAGCCGCUCUGUAGACCUGCCAUUCUUCCCUGCAUCAUCAGGCAUCUGAGAGGCACCCUAAGGUGACUUCUCUCAGAGCCUGUUAGUAGGUGGUCAUCACAGAGACAAAGCCAUGAAAGUGAAUGGGUCAGGAGUGACCAGGUCUUUCUCCUCACCCUUUUCCAGACACGCCCCUUGCCGCAGAUCUCAGAUCAAGUCUCACUCCCUUCUUGGGAGAAAAUAGCUCCCCAGGCCUAGGGUGGGACGUUGGCUCCGGGAAGGAAGAGGGACACACUGGUCGCCUUUGAAGGCCUGUAGGUAGAGAGAGGGAGGGUGCUUGCCCUGAGUAGGGCUCUGUGCCAGGUCCUCUGGGUGGCUGUGAGGUGGUGAGAGAAGGGGUGGGAACGCUGGACUUCUGGACUUUGGGCAGGGCAGAUCCUUGUGAGUCCCUGGCUACUGAAAGAGUUUCUUCCGGGCUCUGGCCUGAGCGCCACAGCCGAGGGCUCUGACCUACGGGUAAGAGGACUUCAAAGAUGAGAAACAAGGCUCUUUUGAGGAAGUAGGAAAAGAGCCCGACACCUGGAGGGUGGGAAGUAUGGGCUGAAGGCCUAGUGGGGAAAGAGGCAGAGUUUACCGGGUUUGGAGAUGCUGGCCUUAGCUCUGUGGGUGGCGCAGUCCGAAGACCUGGAGCUUUCUGGGCCCCUCUCAUCUGGGUCGUGCAAUGAAGGUGCCUUUUUUCCUUCUUCUCUCUCUUCCCUGUAACUUUGAAACCUGUAUAGUUUCUAUUUUUUGAAACCUCUGCACCAUUUUCUUUAUAUCUCCUGUUUGCUUUAACCUUGUUUCCUUUGCAGCUUUCUCCAGACACCCUCUGUGUUUCCUAUAAUGCUGUCUCUCAUCUGAUUCCUUUUCCUAUUCCUGACCCAAGCUCUCUUUCCAACAACACUUCCUAUUCUCUUCCUAAUUUCUAAAUCUGUCUGCUAGUUGUCAGUACUUUUGUUCCUUCCAUUGUCUUUCUUCAUUCAAAUCGAUUCCUCUCCCUCUCUCUUUCCCACCUUAGCUUUGUGUUUAGUGUUGUAGGCUCCUUUCCCACUGAUCACUCUCUCUCCAAUUAAACCAGAAGGUCACCCAUACUCUCUCUUGUCUCUUCCCUCUAACCAAGGUACUCAGCCUCUCUUUCUCAUCUUUACCCCCAAUGAGCUCUGUUGUUUCUCCUCAGCCCAGGCAAGGUCCCCGUGGCCAAGAUGUCAGGCCUGGUGUUGGGGCAGCGGGAUGAGCCUGCAGGGCACAGGCUCAGCCAGGAGGAGAUCCUGGGAAGUACCCGGCUGGUGAGUCAAGGGCUAGAGGCCCUACACAGUGAACAUCAGGCUGUCCUGCAGAGUCUGUCCCAUACCAUCGAGUGUCUGCAGCAAGGAGGCCAUGAAGAAGGGCUGGUGCAUGAGAAGGCUCGGCAGCUGCGACGUUCCAUGGAGAACAUCGAGCUGGGGCUGAGUGAGGCCCAGGUGAUGCUGGCUUUGGCCAGCCACCUGAGCACAGUGGAGUCGGAGAAACAGAAACUGCGGGCUCAGGUACGGCGGCUGUGUCAGGAGAACCAGUGGCUCCGGGACGAGCUGGCGGGCACCCAGCAGCGGCUGCAGCGUAGUGAACAGGCUGUGGCUCAGCUGGAGGAGGAAAAGAAGCACCUGGAGUUCCUGGGGCAGCUGCGACAGUAUGACGAGGACGGGCACACCGCGGAAGAGAAGGAGGGUGAUGCCACCAAGGAUUCCCUGGAUGAUCUCUUCCCCAAUGAGGAGGAAGAAGACCCCAGCAAUGGCUUGUCCCGUGGCCAAGGUGCCCAGCACAGCGGAUAUGAGAUCCCAGCGAGGUUACGGACACUGCACAACUUGGUGAUCCAGUAUGCUGCCCAGGGUCGCUAUGAGGUGGCUGUGCCUCUCUGCAAGCAGGCACUGGAGGACUUGGAACGCACAUCUGGCCGCGGCCACCCUGAUGUUGCGACCAUGCUCAACAUCCUUGCUUUGGUGUAUCGGGACCAGAAUAAGUAUAAGGAAGCUGCCCACCUGCUGAAUGAUGCCCUCAGCAUCCGGGAGAGCACCCUGGGCCGGGACCACCCUGCAGUGGCUGCCACACUCAACAAUCUGGCUGUGCUCUAUGGCAAGAGGGGCAAAUACAAGGAGGCGGAGCCACUGUGCCAACGUGCACUGGAGAUUCGAGAAAAGGUCCUAGGCACUGACCACCCAGAUGUGGCAAAGCAGCUGAACAACCUGGCCCUGUUGUGCCAAAACCAGGGCAAGUACGAGGCCGUGGAGCGCUAUUACCGGCGGGCACUGGCCAUCUAUGAGGGGCAGCUGGGGCCGGACAACCCUAACGUAGCCCGGACCAAGAACAACCUGGCUUCCUGUUACUUGAAACAGGGCAAAUAUGCUGAGGCUGAGACGCUCUACAAAGAGAUCCUGACCCGGGCCCACCUGCAGGAGUUUGGGUCUGUGGACGAUGACCACAAGCCCAUCUGGAUGCAUGCAGAGGAGCGGGAGGAAAUGAGCAAAAGCCGGCACCGAGAGGGCGGCACACCCUAUACUGAGUACGGAGGCUGGUACAAGGCCUGCAAAGUGAGCAGCCCCACAGUAAACACCACUCUGAGAAACCUGGGAGCUCUGUACAGGCGCCAGGGAAAGCUGGAGGCAGCCGAGACCCUAGAAGAAUGUGCCCUGCGCUCCCAGAAACAGGGUACUGACCCUAUCAGUCAGACCAAGGUGGCUGAGCUACUUGGGGAAGGUGACAGUGGAAGGACCUCCCAGGAGGGCUCUGGGGGCAGCGUGAAAUAUGAAGGAGGUGAAGAUGCUUCUGUGGCUGUGGAGUGGUCAGGGGAUGGCAGUGGGACCCUGCAGAGGAGUGGUUCUCUGGGCAAGAUCCGGGAUGUGCUUCGUAGAAGCAGUGAACUCCUGGUGAGGAAGCUCCAGGGGACUGAGCCUCGGCCCUCCAGCAGCAACAUGAAGCGGGCAGCCUCCUUAAAUUAUCUGAAUCAACCCAGUGCAGCACCCCUCCAGGUCUCCCGGGGCCUCAGUGCCAGCACCACCGACCUCUCUUCAAGCAGCUGACAUUCAACCCAGCCACCAGGUCUGCUGGGUCUCCCCCCAGACAGCCCUCUCAGCAUUCCCUAUUGCUCCUGGCUCUUCCAGCCCCAAGGUGGGACAGUGAAGGGAGAGCAGUUAACCAGAAGAUUGCUGCUGCCCUAGGGUCUUGGCUCCCUCCUCAGGAAUCUGCCUCAGGAAGGACCCUCAGGACAUCCUCUCCCCGUAGCCCUCUAGAGUAGCUAGCUCUGAGGCCCCCAAGAUGCAUAAGGAGCAGGUAUGCAUCUCAGAGAUGGAGCCUGCUGCUGGCUUUUCUGUCAGAGGGAUGGGGCUGGCCAGCCAGGCUGCCUUGAUCUGGCCUCUCUUGUUCCCUCUGCUGCCUCACUUCAGGUCCGUGUAUUUCACUUUUCUUAAAUAAAAGAAUCAGGUAACCAUUUUGCCACUUGA